CCGCGCCACUGAGGAGACAUUCACGCCACCAGAAGCGAAACAGAGCACCGCUCCUCUCAAGAAACGCAGACACGCCACCGACGAUCACGAUGAUGCUGCGCGCGGCGGGGAGGAGGCUGAUCGGCGCGGCGGGGGCGCGCCCUGCGGCGCUCGCCGGUGACUCCUCCACCGGCGCGGCGGCGCUGGGGGCGGUGGCGGCGAGGAGGGGGUACCACGAGCGGGUGGUGGACCACUACAGCAACCCGCGCAACGUGGGGGCGUUCGACAAGGACGACGCCGACGUCGGCACCGGCCUCGUCGGCGCGCCGGCCUGCGGGGACGUCAUGAAGAUGCAGAUCCGCGUCGACCAAGCCUCCGGCAGGAUCGUCGACGCCUGCUUCAAGACCUUCGGCUGCGGCUCCGCCAUCGCAUCCUCCUCCGUCGCCACUGAGUGGGUGAAGGGAAAGCAGAUGGAGGAAGUGGUAGCGAUCAAGAACACAGAGAUCGCCAAGCAUCUGUCGCUGCCACCGGUGAAACUCCACUGCAGCAUGCUCGCCGAGGACGCCAUCAAGGCCGCAGUGAAGGACUACGAGGCAAAGAAGACGAAGGCGGCCGAGGCAGACGAGUAGUUCGUCAGACGCAUAGGAAGUGACACAUCAUGUACAUAUACUGCAUAAUAAAGGGAGAGUGAUGGUAAUGAUGAUGUUUGUAGUAUUGAAAAAACUGAUGUGAGCAAUAAGCAUUGUGCCGCGUUUGGCUA